AUGUCUCAGCACUUUUAUGACGAAGCAGAGAACCUCGUUCUCGACGCCCUCGAGAGCUUGGUGCUGCAACACUCAGGCCUGACCUUUGACAAGUCUAAGAAGACCGUUUGGCUCACCAACAAUGACCCCCAAAAGGUCUCCAUCCUCUCAGGAGGCGGAGCCGGCCACGAACCCGCACACGCCGGUUUCGUCGGCAACGGCAUGCUCACCGCCGCCGUCUCGGGCUCCAUCUUCGCCUCGCCCAGUGUCGCGCAGAUCCUCUCCGGAAUCUCCCGCGUAGCAUCCCCGGCCGGCGUUCUGCUCAUCAUCAAGAACUACACCGGCGACGUCUUCCACUUCCACCUGGCCGCCGAGAAAGCGAAGGCCUGUCUCGGCGUGCCCGUCGAGGUGCUCAUCGUCGGCGACGACGUGUCCGUCGGCCGCAAGAAGAGCGGCAAGGUCGGACGGCGCGGGCUCGCGGGGACGGUGCUGGUGCACAAGAUCCUCGGCGCGUACAAGGAGACGGGCGCGUCGUUGGCAGAUGUCUUGAAACUGGGCAAGACGGUUACUGAGAAUUUGGUGACGGUUGGUGCGUCGCUGGAGCAUGUGCAUAUCCCUGGCCGCGAGGCCGCGGCGCCGUCGGCAGGGGAUCAGGUUGAGCUUGGCAUGGGUAUUCACAACGAGCCCGGGUGCCAGGUCCUCAAGCCUAGGCCGGAACUGCCGAAGCUGAUUGACCAGAUGUUGACGCAGCUUCUGGAUCCGAAGGACUCCGACAGAGCGUAUGUUGACUUCUCCCACGCAAAGGAUGUUGUGGCGUUGGUAAACAACCUGGGUGGUGUUUCGCCGCUUGAGUUCAGCGGAAUAACUGCCAAGGUCGUCAAUGCUCUCGGCGCCAAGGGACUUAAGCUGGCUCGUGUCAUUUCGGGAACGUACAUGACGAGUCUCAACGGCCCCGGCUUCAGCAUCACCCUGCUCAAGGCCACCCCUGACAUCCUGAAGUACAUCGAUGCCAGCACCGACGCAAUCGGCUGGGCAUACUCCCCGCGCAAUGAGACGGCCAGCGACCCCAAGCAGCGGAUCAGCGAGAGCGCGGAUGCCGGCCACGAAGCAGACGGCGCGAAGAGCGGAGUUGAGUUGAACGUCGACGUCUUCAAGAAGGUCGUCGCCGAAGCAAGCAAGCGCAUCGAACAAGCCGAGCCCCAGAUCACCGACCAUGACACCAAAGUCGGCGACGGCGACUGCGGCGUCACCCUCCUACGCGGCGCCAAGGCCGUUUCCAAGUAUGCGUCAUCCACCGCCCUCACUUCCGACGCCGUCCGCACGGCCAUCGACUUGACGAAUGUGAUCGAGGACAACAUGGACGGCACCUCGGGCGCCAUCUACAGCAUCUUCUUCGCGGCGCUGUCGUCGGAGCUGCGGAAGGCGAGCGCGGGCGUGCUCGACACGAAGGCGUGGACGAAGGUGGCUGUCGGUGCGCUGGGGACACUGCAGCAGGCGACGCCCGCUAGGCAGGGAGAUCGCACGCUGUUGGAUGCGUUGGAGCCGUUUGUGAAGACGCUGGAGAAGACCGGUAGUGUGAGCGAGGCUGUGAAGGAGGCAAGGAAGGGGGUGGAGGCUACGAAGGGGUUGGCGGCGAGUUUGGGCAGGGCGGUGUAUGUCGAGGAGUCUGCGUGGGGAAAGGUUCCGGAUCCUGGUGCUGAGGGUGUGUUGGCCAUCUUGGAGGGACUUGAAGCGGCGACGUCUUAG